UCCUCCUCCUCCUCCUCCUCAUCUUCCAUCGUCACCACCACCGCACCGAACCCGGGAGAGCGGAGAUGAUAAUCCAGCUCCACCACCACCCCUCUCCCCUCCAUCCAAUCCUCCACCUCCCCAAGCCCCUCCGGACCCACCGCCUCCGCCUCCGCCUCCGCCUCCCACCCGCCGCCGCCGCCGCCGCCGCCGCCGCCGCCGGCACCUCCACCUCGGACUCCGGCCUCCUCUUCCGCGAGAAGCUCCUCUACCUGCAGAGCCUCGACGUCGACCCCGGGAAGGCCCUCCGCCACAACCCGGACUUCCGCUGCGCCCCGCUCUCCACCCUCCGCGCCGUCGAGUCCUGCCUCGCCUCCUUCGGCAUCCCCCGCCCCUCCCUCGGCCGCAUCCUCGACAUGUUCCCCCAGCUCCUCACCUCCGACCCGGACGCCGACCUCUACCCGGUCUUCGACUUCCUCCUCCACGAGGCCCUCAUCCCCUUCCCGGACCUCCCCAAGUCCGUCCUCCGCUGCCCCCGCAUCCUGGUCUGCAGCGUCGACGCCCAGCUCCGCCCCGCCCUCGCCUUCCUCCGCCGCUUCGGCUUCGUGGGCCGCCACGCCAUCACCUGCCAGACCAGCCUCCUGCUCGUCUCCAGCGUCGAGCACACCCUCCUGCCCAAGAUCGAGUUCUUGCAGAGCCUCGGGCUCGAUCACGGGGAGGUCUCGAGGAUGGCGAUCAGGUCGCCGGGGCUGCUGACCAUGAGCGUCGAGAACAACAUGAGGCCCAAGGCCGAGUUUUUCCUGCGGGACAUGAGGGGGAGCCUGGCCGAGCUGAAGCGCUUCCCGCAGUACUUCUCCUUCAGCCUGGAGCGGAAGAUCCGGCCGCGGCAUCGGAUGCUGGAGGAGCACGGGCUGGAGAUGCCCUUGCCCGAGAUGCUCAAGAUCAGCGACGGCGAAUUCACCUCGCGGCUGAUCGAGAUGCGGUUGCGGAGAGUCGAUGCCCGGGGUUAGUUUGUUCCUCUCCCUCCCUGUAGAUGUGUACAUGGCAUGAGAAUUUGUCGCUGGGAGUAGAUAGCCCAGUUCCGCAACGUUGAAGAUUUUCUGCUUAUAUAUGGGAAUUGUACAGCUGAUACAUAGAUGAUGGUGAGUUAUAUUCUGCGAUUUCGGAAGUUUUCUGUGGCAUGCUGCGGAGUACAGAGCGUGACAAAGCGUCUUUCUUGAUCGAUUGUUUCGAGCUGAUUUACUCGUGCGAAUAGCUGAUGGGUUCAUUCUACACAUUGGUCAGCUGCUGUAUAGAUGCUCUAUUGAGAAGAGUUUUGAAUUACCGUAACCUCGCUUGCAUCCUUUGGCCUUAUUAAGGAUAUUGGUUGAUUAUCCGUGUGAUUACUCGUUCAAGUAGCUGUGACUACAUUUAUAGUGUCGAACUGGUGUUGGUUGCGUAUAGAUCAUUAGUCAAGUUGAUUGCACAUAGAUCAUCAAGUGCGCCCAUGAAGUUAUUUGUUAGCAGUGUAUCCUUUAGUGAUAGCCAGUCUGCCAGUUCUACAACUGUAUAGCUUUCGCCUUGUUUGCUCAUACUGGAAUUGUGCAGUUGAUAUUAAUUAAGCUCGAUUUGGUGUUUUCUGAAGUUUCUUGCGGUGUGCUACAGAGCGCAAAUCAGAGAGUCGAAUGAGUGUCUUGCUUGAUCAAUCAUUUAGGAGCUAAUACACUUGUGCUACGAAAUUGAAAUCAGCCUCUUGUAUAGAUCCUUCUGGAGAGUAGUCUUGGAAUUCAUUCAAAAUCCCUCACCUCAUUUGGCCUUCUUAAAGGUGCCGGUUAAAUUAUGCAUGCAAUCACUUGUGCAUAUAGCUGCUAAGAACAAUUUUAAGCGUGACAUCGAAGCUGGCUGUGGGUAAGUCACUUGUCGAGGACAAUGCUGGACUUGGAAUUACAUCAAACUCGCUGAUUAGUCUCCCUUGCCUUCUUAAGCAUCUGGGUUGAUUCUGCAUUCAGUAGCAGCAUUAUCUAUGAAGUGAUAUUAAUCCUGCUCCUGUGCUUUUUAGCACAAGAUGUUUACUUUUCCGCCAAAACAUUUGUAAGGUUAGAUGUUGCUCUGGUGUCACUCUCUCUCUUCCAUGUACUCUAGCAAUCUGAUGUUUUUUAUGGAUAUAAUCAAUUUGUGGAUUCUUCAUCUACAAAGACUACUGUGGCCAAACUAUUAUCUGAAGAUGUCGAGAGUUUUUCAUCUUUACUUGAUUUGUGACUUUCUUGUAUAGUUCAUUUAGUUACCAAGCAGUUAUCCUCAUCCUUGUUGCACGGGCUUUAGCCCAUUUGUCGCAUACUUAGCUAAAGUGUCGUUGCAGUAACUGAAGGUCUAGCUAUAGAUGAUACAUGCAUGGCUUGUAUAAGACUCUCUAUUGUUGUUGGUAAAGGAUAUCUUUUUU